CCCUAUACUGAGUCUGAUGACUCACCAAUGAGAACAAAGGCAAAGGUGAUUCGUGGUUCAAAGCCCACUGAAUUGCAAUAGGUGGUCACUUGAUCAACUUUGUGUAAAAAGAGCAUAUAAAUUUUCAGCCGUAAUUAUCUCAAAAGUAGCGUUUGCAGCGGCCGCCGAAAAUAGACCUAUUCGGCUAACUCAAUGUUGUACCCAAUUCAAACCGUUUGGGAAUAAAACGUUUUGUUUCAGGAAUUUCCACAUCAUUUAAAUGUGAAUGCCACAUUAUGAUGCAAAUACAAUACACAAAGAAUCUUAACCCCGGGAGAUUUGAAUUGGGUACAACAUUGAGUUAGCCGAAUAGGUCUAUUAGAAAGACUUGUACGGGGAAAAUCAACUCUUACCACCCAGUUUUUGUUUUUAGUGGUUUUCGAUACAAAUCCUUGAAAAAUAUAUUUUCUAAUUGUUAUAUGGUACAAUCGCUUCUGAUUACAAGGUGUUGCAUAUCUGACAGUUCUUUUCAAUUGUUUUGGGGCUCAGGUAUAUAAAAGAUGAAGAGGUUAGUUUUCAUUCUCUCACUCUCGCAGUCCACCCGCUGACGUUUAGCUUAGACGCAAAGCCCACGCACCCUUGCAGUUGAACAAAUGAAAUUGGUUUUGUUUUUGCCUUUGGUUCUCCAUUUAGAUCCCCCAGUGUUUUUCCAAGUGAGAAGCAUUGACUCGAACGGAUCGUUGGCACGCUUUUUCAACUUUCCUGAGUCAUUCAGUGCAAGGCAGGUCAAUUCGUUCCAAACCUCCUUUCAUGCAUCGUUUGGUAUGAUUCUUAUAUUUGGGGACAUACUCGGUUUCAUAUUUCACUCCAGUGUAGCUUUAAUGUAGCGGUUUGGUAAUGCAUUGUAAAGGAGAAGGAAUUUAAAAUUCUUUUCAUUGCCGAAAGAAUGUACUGAACGAAUGUACGAGUGUUCUGGAACGAAAGUGGUCUAAAGUUAGACGGCUGCGCGUCCUUGAGUGGAAGUACUAGAACAGCACAAGGCAUAAGUAAAGAAAAGGGCUGUGUCCAUGUGAAUGUACUUAAUGAAGCUAGUCAAUAGUAAGACGACUGUGUCUAAGUGAAAGUACUAGGAUGGAAUACGUAAGGACGGCGGCUGCGUCUAGCGGAAUGUCUUAGAAAUGAGACUGGUCAUGAAUAAGGAUUGAAGAAAGGAUUUCAAUCAUUUCUGGGACGUUUCAACCGGAAGCAAUGGAGUUACUCCAUAAGGAGAGUUCUAAAAUAGCUUAUGUCAGUGAUCAUGGUUUAGGAUUUUCGAGUCCGCGAUGACGUGCGCAGUCCGUCUAUAGAUAUAACGCUUUUAAUUAGCCCUGGAGGAGUAAAUUUUGCUACGUUUGUACGGUUAUUGUACCCAUGUCUCUAAACUGGGGAGGGUUUUCGACGCAUUUAAGCCACUGCUACGUUUAAUUUACGGCACGGAGAUUUUUGACAGCUCUAGUUUGGUUAUUUUCCGUGAGGCUGGGUUAUAGGGUCCAAGGAUUAACCUUCAGGUAAUAGAUUGAGCUCUUGGGAAGUGUACAUGCCAAAUUCUAUGGUGUCGUCAACUUCUUAGCGACUUUGUAACUGGUGGCCUGGUGGUUAAGUGACAUUUAGAUUAUAUUUAUAUUGAUGGCCCUUUCAUAGUUGUCUAUGAUGUUCCGAUACUCGUUUCAGUUUAAAUGUUGCUUACAACUGAGUCGUGUGAUGUGACCUGAUUACACAAGUGUUAUUGGGAUGAAUCUCUUAUCCCGAAUAAACUUUUCUAGCUGAACUAGCCUUGACAAAACGAACAAACGUCGGAUCCAGCAUUGUUUCCACGAUAUAGAGAUAUAUCUAUACCUCGACGUACUCAGUAGUUUUCUGUUGUAACCAAUAUUUGGCCAGUUAGCCCUUCUUUCGAAUCGUAAACACACCAGCGUCUUUGCGGAGUGUAACUAAAGCGUUGAGGUUAAAUUCGCUUGUGGCAUUGUCUCGGGCAGCUGUAUACAUAAAUUGCUACUUCGAGAAUCUCGGGAAAUUAUCCAUUCAGUUUGCCAGCAGUACUGUAAAAGUGUACCAGAUCUCCUAGAUCCUUCCGGAAAAGAACGCCCUUACUCAGGGCUUUUUCUGCACAAACGAAAGAAACAGCUGAAUUGCAUGGCCAUGAGUUAUUAAAAUUAUGUGAAUAUUUAAAGCCUAUUUAACCUUAUUUUUUAAAAUUUUGGGGCUUUUUUCUCAUCACCGUUACAAUAGUUAUUGAGUAUAUGCCCAACAACGUACCAUCUAUUAAAGAACAGUUCAUUAUUUUAGAGGCAUUGCAUUUAAUCCGGAGUUCGUUUGAUACCCUUCUCAGGCCUAGGCCAAACGUCCAACUUUUCAUGAUACGAACCAAACUGAGGCCCAGGCCAAACGUCGAACUUUUCAUUUAACGAACCAAGCUCUAAUUUGGGUUGACCUAAAUUAAGUUAAGAUCGUCUGUUAAGUUAGACUUCGAACUUAGGACAAGUCGAACCAUUUAACUGAAUCAGACAAAAAACGCAGAUGAUGUAAUUAUCUUUUCCCGAACGAUGCUAAAUAUAUUUAUCGUACAAAUUUUAAAAUUAGUUUAGUUCGACGUUUGGCCCGGGCCUCAGUUCUUUGUUUGUAAACAUUACCGCUAUAUUAAGUAAGGGAAACAUGGUACUUUAGGUCGCAGGGUUUUUCCUAGUCGCUGUGGGGCCAAACCACCCCCCCCAAAGGAAUUAUCAAAGCGUGGAAAUUUUGGUCAAUUUAGAAUAACUUUGUUAGCUUUAACUCUUUCCUUACCAAACUUGGCCUGAAAAUACAAAACAUCAGGCCAAUCAAAAUGGCUUAUAGGAUGAUACCAAAUGUCAAAUUAUGACUUCACAUUUGCUGACGUCAUUCAUACAUAACUUUUAAACUUUCGAAUCUCCCAAUUUAUUAUACCGUUUUUGAUAGAAAUUUUCAAGGAAAGUUGAAAGCUGAAACAUUUUCCCCAUAUCUCAAAUAUUAGCUGAGAUAUGACGUUUUCAAUUUGGAUAAAUUCGUAGCACAAAAACUGGGUACCCUCCUUGUUGCGUUUCGACGAAGGAGAACGCAUACUAUUAGAGUCUUUUUGCGUACCGUACAUGAAGUAGUAAUAACCGUUCUUUCACGGUUUGGACGCCAUCUUGGACCGGCCUGGCAGGCUUUGCCUCGAUCCCAUGUGUUCAGUUUUUCUCGCCCGGGACCUGUUAUCUAUUUUGUGUCACUCGUUCACAGAUGUUGGCGAUUUUCUGUUUACCACAGGUUUGUUCACAGUUUUUCCCGCAGUUUUCAAUUAAGUUUUUUUAUCAUAGGAAAAUUUCCAUUCUAAGAUAAUCGGAUAUGUAGAUAUUAUGUUAACAAGAUCAGCUUAGAUCGACAAUAUUUAAUUCUAUUACAAAUUACAUCUUUUCGCUUUUAAAGCUAUUUACAGCGUUGUAUUUGCUUUUAUUUCUCACCGUUUUUGAAAAAUAGACAAGAAACUGAACAGUGAAACGUUGACCUUUUCAUCUCACUAAUUCUGGGUGCGUUGUAUUUUGAAAACAGUGCUAAGUAGGUGAGUCGUGUUAGCCUAGUGUCACGUACACAACAAAUGUUUAAAGUGAUACGCGAAGCUUAAACUUUUCAGCUAACUUUAAUUUUCUGUAUCCCAAUUUUUAGCCAAUUUUAUUGAUCAUCCUAUAGUGCAAAAGAAUAUCCUGAGGAUCAUAGUCAGUGUUUGACCUGUUGUUACUUACAUGUACUUUACUUAGAGGUUUAGCCAAGUAAAUGUAAAAAGUACAGCACACUCUUGCAUUUUUGAGGAAAAAUGAAAUAGUAACGAAUUUUAUAACAAUAACAAUAACAAUAACACUGAUAAAGACAGCUGCUGAUAUUCAUAUUGAUAAAAGUCGAUAUUACAAGGCCAUCAGGUUUUGCACCCCCUUCUCACUACCACUCACGAGCGACCACCCUCCCCCUCCCCAUCGAACGUACUCCCCUAAGUUGCUAUUAUUACUAAUAAAAUAAGUCUAAAUUUAAGAGUUUUAUUGUCAAGUCGCCCUUGCUAUUUAAGGUUUCUGAACACAGCUUUGCGGGCGGUCAGCGGUAACUCGCGUGACUGCGCGUGUUUAAAAUUAGGCAAACAAACAAGGGGGUGAAAAAGCAACAUUUGAUAAUUACAGGACAAUUAUAUUAUUGAUUAUCGAAAAACCCGUCUGUUAAAAUUUGCUCAAAUAAGUUUCAAAUUGUAAUGAUUAAUUACAGUAAGCUGUGUGGACGUUUUUUCAAAAAUCUAAUGUGCGAAUUUUAUGUUAACUGAGCAAAAGUGAAAUUUUAAGGUUGUAUUCAAUCGUUUAUGUUGCCAUGGAAACUACGAAAACGUCAAAUUUAACCUGCCAAUCAAAAUAUUUCAUCAGUAUAUUUUUUAUUUACCAAAUUUAAGCUUGUGAGCAGCAACUUUUCUCUUGCCAUGAUUUGGCAAAUGAUGGACAUACAGUGAAACCUGUAUUAAGCGGACACCGUAUUAAGCGGACACCCUCUAUUAAGCGGACAGUAGCCGAAGUCCCAAAAUUUAUUUCCCUUAUUUACUUUAAAUGAAACCUCUAUUAAGCGGACACCUAAAAAGUACCUGAAAUAGUCAUUUCUAUUGUUGCCAACCUGUAUUAAACGGACACUUGUAUAAUCAAAUUUCACUACCCAACAUGCCAGACACCGGAAAUGCGAAAGAUUACCUCGAAUUGCCACCCACAACUUUUUCCAUUUUUCCAUUAACAAACGUGACUUGACGAACUUAUUUGAUUAGUUUCACAAUACAGUAUUGUCUUCUAUUUCGUUUUGUUUGUAUAGAGCUUGUUUCACUUAUCUGAUUUCUUCAAAUUUGAGUUGCAAUCUAUGUUUAUGGUACUAUGACCAAUUGGUCCACUUUGAUAAAAAAAUUAAUGCAAACGUAUAUCGCCAAAGUCUCUGGGAGUAUUCUUAACAUUUUCACUGUUCAUUUGAAU